CUCUCGGCGGGUGUUCCAUUCCUCCGUCUCCUUCUCCCUGAUCCCCAUUCAUCUUCUUCUUUCUCGGUGGGUGUUUGAUCUCUUCGUCAUGGCCGGGGAGCAAUUGCAGGUCCUGAACGCCCUCGACGUCGCCAAGACGCAAUGGUACCAUUUCACGGCCAUCAUCAUCGCCGGCAUGGGCUUCUUCACCGACGCCUACGACCUCUUCUCCAUCUCUCUCGUUACCAAGCUGCUAGGCCGCGUCUACUACCACGUCGAUGGCUCCCCCACCCCGGGUACACUCCCUCCUAACGUCUCCUCUGCCGUCAACGGCGUCGCCUUCGUCGGCACCCUCUCCGGCCAGCUCUUCUUCGGCUGGCUCGGCGACAAGCUCGGCCGCAAGCGCGUCUACGGCAUGACGCUCCUGCUCAUGAUCAUCUCCUCCGUCGCCUCCGGCCUCUCCCUUGGCCACACCUCCAAGGGCGUCAUGUCCACCCUCUGCUUCUUCCGAUUCUGGCUCGGCUUCGGCAUCGGCGGCGACUACCCCCUCUCCGCCACCAUCAUGUCCGAGUACUCCAACAAGAGAACCCGCGGCGCGUUCAUCGCGGCGGUUUUUGCGAUGCAGGGCUUCGGCAUUCUUGCAGGCGGAAUGGUCACCAUCGUCGUCUCCGGCAUCUUCAAGAACCGGUUCCCGGCGCCUGCGUACGCCGUCGACCCGAUCGGAUCCACGGUGCCUCAGGCCGACUACGUGUGGCGCAUCAUUCUCAUGUUCGGAGCCGUGCCGGCGGUGAUGACUUUGUACUCCCGGUUGAAGAUGCCGGAGACCGCCCGCUACACCGCGCUCGUGGCCAGGGACGCGAAGCAAGCAGCGGCGGACAUGUCGAAGGUCCUCCAGGUAGAGCUGGAGGAUGAGGCGGCGAAGGUGCAGCAGAUCACCACCGCCCAAUCCAACAACUACGGGCUCUUCUCCAAGGCCUUCCUCCGCCGCCACGGCGCCCACCUGCUAGGCACUACCACCACCUGGCUCCUCCUCGACAUCGCGUACUACAGCCAGAACCUGUUCCAGAAGGACAUCUUCAGCGCGAUCGGCUGGAUUCCGAAGAACACCACCAUGAACGCGCUCGAGGAGCUCUACCGCAUCGCCCGGGCGCAGACGCUGAUCGCCCUCUGCGGCACCGUGCCGGGCUACUGGUUCACGGUGGCCUUCAUCGACGUCCUCGGCCGCUUCACUAUCCAGCUCCUCGGCUUCUUCAUGAUGACCGUCUUCAUGCUCGGCCUCGCCAUCCCCUACCACCACUGGACCACCCCCGGCAACCAGAUCGGCUUCAUCGUCAUGUACGGCUUCACCUUCUUCUUCGCCAACUUCGGGCCCAACAGCACCACCUUCAUUGUGCCGGCGGAGAUCUUCCCCGCGCGAGUGCGGUCCACCUGCCACGGCAUCUCGGCUGCGUCAGGCAAACUGGGGGCGAUCGUCGGCUCUUUCGGGUUCCUCUACCUGGCGCAAAGCCAGGACCCGGCAAAGGUGGACGCUGGCUACUCGACCGGCAUCGGAGUGAGGAACUCGCUGUUCAUGCUCGCCGGAUGCAACAUCUUGGGCUGCUUGUUCACCUUCCUGGUGCCGGAGUCUAAAGGCAAGUCACUGGAGGAGAUGUCCGGCGAGAAGGAAGAGGAGGAAGAGCAGGUGCAGGCGAGCAGCAACGGCAGCACUCUCCCAGUUUAGUCUUCCAUUCCUGCCAUGUUUGCUCUUAUUGUAGUCUUAAUAAGUUGGAGAUAAUCUCAGCAUUAACAGACUUAUAGAGAAGACUAAGAUAUAGAAAAGCUUCAGUUUAUGUAGUGAGAUAAUCUCACUACAAAAUGAAAUAACAAUUAGUCUUCUAAUA